AUGGGUUGCCGGGCCGCGCCGCUGCUGCCGCUGGUGCUGCUGCUGCCGGGAGCGCUGGGCCGAGCGCGCGCGGAGGGGCGGCCGUGCCAGCCGGGCACGUACCGCGAAGCGCCCACCGCCAGCCACUGCGCGCCCUGCCGAGUCUGCGACGGACACCAACGGGAAUAUGUGCGGAACUGCUCUGAAUUUGCCGAUGCCAUUUGCAAAUGCGUCCCUGAGUACUCGUGCGGAGAGGCGGCAGAGGAGUGUGGCAAGUGUCCGUGUGCCCCUUGGCAGAAGCAGACAAGGAAAGGUUGCCAAAGCUGCUCUGAGGGGAUGCUUAACAAUCUGGCCGCAGAGGAGGAAGAUGUGAAUUGCAAGCCUGAAUGGAAAGGCCCCACACAACCUCCCACUAACGUUGCAGAGAUAGACAACCACCUGAUCCCCAUUAGCAUCACCCUAAUAAUGGUCCUGCUCCUCUGUGUGCUCACCCUACUGCUUUCCUGCGUCUUCAUCAGAUUCGGAGCCCAAGCAAAGCACCUGAAAUUGCCCCAUGAACAGUUGGCCCAAGAGGUAGAUGACUGUAGCUACCGCUAUCCAGAGGAAGAGGAAGGAGAGCACAGUAAAGCCAUAAGAGGACUUAAAGGGGAACUGCUGGAAAACAUUCCUUGACAAAUCACAGAGCUCCACAUCUUCAACAGGAAGCAAAGUGCUGUUUCCCUUGCCAAAUGUAGAAUUCAAACGGACCUUAGCAAAACUCAUCUCCCUAGUUCCUUACUAUAACUGGAGAUAUGUUUCAAGAAAUUCUUU